ACUCGUCUACAGUUCUACAGAGCUUUUCUCACGUGGGAGAUCUUUGAAUUUUAGAAAUUUGCAUUUUGCAGUACUAUGAUGCAUGUGUGUUGAACUUUACAGUAAAAACUAUAACUAUAUACUCUCUUAAAAAUGGCAUUGGGAAAUGAGGUUGACGAUGUGACUGGUUUGUUAGAGAAAACAUCAGUUAAACAGAUCAAUAUUGUCAGAUUGCCUGACAAGGGACGGAAGUUAAACACUGCUGAGGAUGUUAUUGAAGUUAUAAAAGCAAUUGAGGAAAGUAAAGAUGUUCAAGCUUUUACUCUUGAAGGACAUACUUUGGGUAUUGAGGCUGCCAAGGCCAUUGGUAGUGCUCUGUCAAAACGACAAGAGUUUCAGAGAGCUCUCUGGAAUGAUAUGUUUACUGGUCGUUUGAGAUCAGAAAUACCUAUAGCAUUGGAAAGUUUAGGUGAUGGUGUCAUAGCAGCUGGUGCACAUUUGACUGAAUUAGAUUUAUGUGAUAAUGCGUUUGGUCCAGAUGGUGUGAGAUCUGUCAAAAAACUUUUGACCAGUCCAUCUUGUUUCUCAUUGGAAGUUUUAAAAUUUAACAAUAAUGGUCUUGGAAUAGGCGGUGGUCAGAUAUUAUCAGAUGCCUUGUUAGAAUGCCACAAAGCUAGUGUUGACAAUCAUCGUCCUCUAAAAUUAAAAGUGUUUGUUGCUGGAAGGAACAGGUUGGAAAAUGAAGGAGCUACUGCUCUAGCAAAAGCCUUCAAGGUAAUAGGAAGCCUUGAAGAAAUAUCCAUGCCGCAAAAUGGUAUUAACCACGCUGGUGUGGCUGCUUUAGCUGGGUCUUUUAAGAGCAACCAAGGCUUAAAGGUCGUGAAUCUUAACGAUAAUACCUUUACUUCAAAAGCUGCAAUUGCAAUGUCAAAGAUUCUUCCAAGUCUUCCAGAUUUAGAAGUUAUCAACUUCGGCGAUUGUUUAGUGAAGUCAAAGGGUGCAAUAGCAAUUGCAGAGGCUUUAGAAAACAGUGUCCCUAAAUUAAAGGAACUUGUUUUGGCAUUUGGCGAGAUCAACAAAGAAGCAGCCAUGCGAGUUGUGGAAUCCAUGGAAAACAAACUUCACCUUGAGAAAUUAGAUCUAAAUGGGAACUGUCUUGGCGAAGACGGUAUUGAGGAAAUAAAAUGGAAGUUAAAUGAGCUUAAACACGAAAAUGUUCUUGCUUCCAUGAGCGAUGAUGAAGGUGAAGAGGAUGAAGAGGAUGAAGAGGAUGAAGAGGAUGAAGAAGAUGAAGAGGAUGAAGAGGAUGAUGAUGAAUCCGAAGAUGAUAGCGAUGAAGUUGAAAAUGAAUCAGGAGAUGUCGAGGAGAAGGAAGUUGAUGAUGAGAAAAAAGAAUUAGAUAAGGACAAUCAUCUCAAAACUGCUAAAGAAUUUUUGGGGCAUCCAUCGCUAGAAAAUUUUAAAAAAUUGCCGGAAUUUGACAGAAUCGAACUUAUAAAAGAAGCUUUGCAGACUAAAAUCGCUGAUACAAGUGUUAUUUGCAAGUUAUUUGUUCAGGCGUCAUGUGUUCUUCAUAAUUCAGAUGAUUUCAUCCCAUGCACAGAUGUCAUUCUCCAAGAAGCAUUUCUCAAAUCUGGUAAACCUGAAACUGUGAUUAACAGCUUACUGAUCCACAUGGGUCUGCUAAAGAGUGAAGAUAAGUUAGAGCCAGCAAGUAAUGAUAUAACAGGAGCGUUGCAAGCACUGAAUCAAGCUGCCAGACAGGAGUAUUUUCCUAAGGAUCUUGCUUUCUUCUUUACCGCUUUCUUAUCGAAACCAAACUGUACAGUAAAAUUUUCAGAAUCGGCAAGGACAAACCUGCUGCAAACUUUAGAGCAUUUGUAAAUCUCCAUAUAUGCAUUAGAACGAUGUAAUCUUACUUUAACUUAAAAAAAAGUGAACAUACUGAAGCAUGUCAUUUCGCUCUUUAAAACUGUGCAUCCUGUAUCGAAAUAUUUCUUACAAGCGCGUAAGAAGCCUAAAAUCUAAAAAAGUUUUGUUUUAACCGAUCAUCUCAUUGGCAAAUCACCAACUUCGAAGAACAACGAAGCACAGCUUAUAUCCAAAAGAGGAGAAGUAAAAACAAUUCUACUAAGUUGUAGGUGCAAGUUGCCCUGGUGGUCAUAAAAUCUAACUCAUAACUGCGAGACCAUGACCGUCACCGCUAUAUACCAUGAGAUAUGAUAGAAAGCCAACACCGAUUUGUUUUUUUUUAAUGUAUUCUCGCCUUAAAUACUCGACCAUUUAUUAUCUCAUUUCUAUACCACUGGUUACAAUGCAACUGUUUUGCAUUUUUAUUGACGUUAAACCUAAUUUCGUAGCUUAAAUUAAAAUUUCCUUAAAUUUUACUCGAGUCAUUUUUGAAUGUCGAAUAACAAACCAUUGACUAUCUAAUACCAUCCUAAAACUAUUAAUAUUUUCUUACGCAUGCAUGCAUGUUCGAGUGACGUUACCAGUGGGGAGUAUAUUAAGGGGGUGCUCUACUUUCAGGAUUAGUUACCAUAGACAAUGACACGAGACUAGCUGUAAUUUAUUUUAACAAUUUAUUACUUUUCAAUCCAACAAAUAUAUAAAUAUCAUAUGUG